UUCACAUUUGAAAUAAAGGUCACAAAAACCUGACAAAACGGACAUAUACACGCUGUUAAAUUUCUAUUCUCAACUUAUUAUGUGCAAUAUACAUUGAAUAAUAAUUGAUGUUGAGCAAUAUUGCACGUAAUUGAAUUUUGUGUUACGAUGGGUGAGAUUGUUGACGGAGUUCGUUUGAUGACAACAGUACCAAAACAAGAGCGAGGACAAAUGGCUAGUAAAGAUGGCUAUUUAUCUGUGUCCAUGGCAGAUCUGCACAACCCACAUCUCAGUUAUCCAAUAGUUAGCCCCAAUCGUUCUGGGAAAUUUUAUCGUGGUGAAUGUAUUCUUAUCAAUCAACGAGAUUUUCACCCUUCAACUAAUCAAUCAAGACGUGAUGGUACAGAUGUUGAUGCUGAUCGUGUUGAAAGAGUUUUCAAGAGCUUAAAUUAUAAAGUAACGCGCAUCCUCAACAUUACAAAAAGCGUACUUCAUCAGACUCUUCUGGAAGCCUCUCAAACAGAUCAUUCAUCAUAUGAUAGUUUCAUUUUUGUCAUGUUAUCACAUGGAGACAAUAAUAUAGUAUAUGCAAAUGAUGGUGAAGUCCUAACAAGUUAUAUUAUGGCUUUUUUUCGUGGUGAUCGGUGUCCUUCCUUGAUUGCAAAACCGAAGUUAUUCUUUUUCCAGGCUUGUCGAGGUGCUGCAUUUGAUAAAGGUGUUUCCACUAUGGUAACAGAUGCAGGUGAAGAUUUAAUUGUGCACAAGUUGCCGAUAGAAGCAGAUAUACUAGUUGCAUACUCCACAGUACCAGGUUUUUUUGCUUGGCGUAACUCCUCUUCAGGCAGUUGGUUUAUUCAAGAACUAUGUAAUGCACUUGAAUCCGAUAUGAAAAGUGCGAAUCAUUCAGAUAUUAUGUCUCUUCUCACAGUAGUUGCCCGUGUAGUAGCCUAUCAAUAUCGAUCGAAUACAGGUCAAAUUGAGACGGAUAAUAUGAAACAAAUGACAAGUAGUGUUAGUACUUUAACACGAUUAUUUUACAUAAAUGGACCACCAUCAUGAAAAAAGCUGAAGGUUCGCAGUAAUUUAAGAAAUAGACUUCAGGAAAAUUAACAUAUCUUUCAUGAAAAAUAAACGCUCGUCUAUACUUUCUAACAAAAUCUUAAAGUUGCACGAUUGUUUUUUAUUCUUAUCACACGCAUAUUCACAUUGCAACUUUUAUUUCUUUAAUGAUUGUAUCUGUAAAACCAUUUUUAGAAGCAUUGAUGCACAGCGCUUUUUUCAAUUAAAUCAAUAACUUUAAGACGAAUCACAAUCCCAUGUGCUGUGUCUUUUAUUACUCCUAGUUGUUGUCUGCAGACCGACUUUUAUAAUGUUCAAAUUGUUUAAAAUUUCAGUGAGUUUCCCUUACCCCCUGCCAAAAAACUACAUCACUUUUAAAUAUAGUCAAUGUGCGGAUU